CAAUGCGCUAAACGUCCAGAUAUUCCUCAAGAUGCAUAGGUCCGAUUAUGCAGAGAGACAGUUGAGAGUAAUGCAGCAGGUGGAUGAGGAUCACACACUAACUCAACUCACAAGUGCAUGGUUCAAUCUGGCAGUGGGUGGAUCCAAGAUACAGGAAGCAUAUCUUAUCUUCCAAGAUUUCUCUGAGAAAUAUCAGAUGACCAGUUUGGUACUGAACGGGAAGGCUGUUUGCUGCAUGCAUAUGGGAAACUUUGAUGAAGCUGAAACACUGCUGCUUGAAGCACUCAACAAGGACGCAAAGGAUCCAGAAACUCUAGCCAAUCUAGUUGUAAGCUGUCUUCACCUUGGCAAACCGCCCUCCCGUUUCCUCAGGUAAAAGUUAAACCUAUCAAGCUGGC